UAAAACAAAUUGGCCACAUCACACCUGAGGCUUUCUUCUUCCGGACAGAGAGGAAAGGCUAUCUAGGUUUUUCUAUUUGAAAAGAAACGGCUGCACCAGCAAACUCGAGGAACCAGAUCCAGAAGGAAGACGAAGGAAGAAGAAAGUUCGAAGGCACCUCUUCGCCCCCACUGAAAUUUCUGCUGCUCCAUCUGCUUCACCACCAGCAGUUUGAAAAUGUCUGCAAAAUACAUCGUUUCUGCUGUAUUUGGAUCAAUUGCUGUGGCAUGGACAUGCGACUAUCUUAUGGCUGACAAGAAAAUAUUUGGAGGAACUACUCCAACAACUGUUGCAAGCAAAGAAUGGUGGGAAGAAACUGACAAGAAGUUCCAGGCAUGGCCUCGUACUGCCGGUCCACCAGUGGUCAUGAACCCCAUCAGUCGUCAGAAUUUCAUUGUCAAGUCUCGUGUUGAUUGAAGAUUUUCAUGAUCAUCACUCUGUUUAUGUAACCAGUUCUAAACAAUGUUAGGCUGGACUUGAUUCCUAAAGGGUUAGCCAUCAUUUCAUAACGUAAUGGCCUUGAUAUACUUUCCUUCAUUGUAUGGUAUUGGGUUGUUUGGAUAACGUUGUCAACCUUUCUGCGAUAUGAAUAAAUUUCAGUGAGCCAUCUUGAAUCUCA